AUGACCAUCCAAUUUCCUAUCAUCCCAUUCAACUUCAAUCAUUUGCCAUCUAGUCCAGCCAAGAAGUUCGCCGUCCUGACACAAAGGCCUGGCGUUCUAAGUCCGGCCAAUAUCGACGAGGUCUUCCGAGAGCUCAAGCCUAUCACUCCACAACAACUGUUCGGUGAAUGGGAUGGCCAUGCCUUGACUACGGGCCAUCCGUUUGAGAGGGAACUUGAGGAGCUUAACUGGUUCGGCAAUACAUUUGAAGCUACAGAAGAUGUUGCGCCUUUGAUUGUUGCGGAAAACGGAGAGAGGAUACGGUUUGGAGAUUGGGGAAGCGCGUCUUUAUAUGAGAUCAGAUACCAUGGUGUAGUCUCUGCUGCUUUAGUCUAUGAUAAUCGGCCAGUUUUGGUAUACUACCGAGCCGUGCGAUCGAACAUGGUGGCUGGUAUCAUGGAGAGUAAAGGGUUUGGUUCAGCAGGCAAUUUCUACUUUUAUUUGACCAAAUGA